AUGGUUGAGAAGACGUCUAAGUUCAAGUUGGCCUUUGUUGGUCCUGUUUGCUCGGGCAAGACUACAUUGAUCAACACUCUCUUUGGUGUUUCAUUGCCCAUCGUAACAACAACUCGAAUCACUAUACUACGCUAUAGUACACUGGCAGAAUCAUCAGUCAGUUUCCACAAGUUGGUACCUAGUGGUACUGAGAUCAUCGCCGAUGAACCUGUGAUCAGUCUGGCAACAGUUGCCGACCCAAGGCAAGCGACUAAGAUAGCUUGGCCUCUGCUCCGUCGCCCUGCAGAGGAAGAUGACAACUCCAUUGAUGAGUGGACGCAGAAGAUAGUGGUGAUCAGUUACCCUAUCCCGAUGCUUGAGGGCGGUCUAGAGGUGUACGACAUCCCAGGUACAAGAAAUGACGAGCAUGUUUACACAACAGCGAUGCGGUCCAACUUCUUCUCUCAUGUCAGUCCCAACGCUGCUGUCUUUUGCUAUGUCAACCCUGCAUUCUCAGACACAGAGGUUCAAUCAUACAAGGACUUCAAAAGUCAAACAAAGAUUGUCGAUGGCUUUGAUUUGGACUCACAUGUCUUCUUUGCCAACACAAAGUUCAACGUGGCAGCAUUCAAGAACAGUCAAAACCUUGACAACCUACAUGAUGUUACCGAUGAACAUCUGCUACAGGAGGAGAUUUCAAUCUUUCAACAGUUGAGUGUUCGAAAGGUGUUGAAUGGGCGAGCCAAGCCAUCACAGUUCUCCUUGGUCAACUCGAUGGACUUCUUGGCGGCCAAGCAUGGCAGCAAGCGAUUGUUUGGACGGUUCGUUGAGCGACUGACGAGGUGGAUGAUCUCAAUCAGACACUCAAUCAUAAAGUUCGUUCUCGAUGAGCUGAUUGAGCUGUGCCAGAGGUUCUACACCUUUGUCCUUCCAAACAGAGGUGUGAGUGAAUCCCCAGCAACGUCGUCAUCCGACUUUCCAAAGCAGGUGGACCAGUUCCUCAACAACCUUUGGCUGCAAUAUAAGGAAUCAAUCAUGGAGCUCCCCAAACUACUCACCCAACAAUGUGAGGUGUCCAAAGAUGUGGCAAUGGAGAUGGCAGGUGACAUUGAGCUCCAGCAGUACGAUGGCAAGGAAGGAAACUCUUCAUUCAAACUGGAGGCCAUUGGAGCAUUCAAGGCAAAGAUAUCGCGUUGGUUCUUUGACAAUAUUACAAGUCCGGUGGUCAUGACACUUCGCGGACGUCUAGAGAUCAAAUGUAAUGAAGCCAUUCAAUCACAACAAAACAACCAAUAUAUAUUGGAACUACUCAAAGACAAAGAGUAUUCAUUGGAUAGUCUAACAUGGGACAUUGGCAAGAAGCUGUUUGACUCUUUGUCUCAAUCAUUGAGACUACAACACAGGGUACAGAAGCCCAGGACCAGCCUCACACCCAACAAAAAGGUGAUCAACAAACAGUUUAAGAGGAGGAUCAUGGAGAAGAUACUCUCAUUGUGUGGAUACUAUCUCUACAUGCCCGACAUGGUAUUGGGCAUUGAAAAGGUCUUUCAGGAUUAUAUGAAGGAGAUGAAAGCGCCCAUCUCAAUAUAUACACGAUUCCUGGCCAAGUUGGAGAGUCUAAGGACGCGCAUCGAAGACCUGUCCAGCCUACAUCACAAGAUUGGCAUGCUACACAUGGAGACAAUGGCCAAUCAAUUCAAACUCAACAACCCAUUUCACACAAUCACUGGCAUGGCCAACAUUGUUGGAUACGGACCGUCUGGAGUCACCUUUGCUGGCGUACUUGGUGGCAGGACAGUCUAUGUCAAACAGAUGGCACACAUUGCCAAUCAACCAUCGCCUACUAUCACACCUUCACACUUGGCCUUCUUCGAGGAGGCAUACUACACACUUUUGAUCACUGACAAGGAUGGCGACCUUCUACCACUUCUCGCCGUGUUUCAUGACACAACCUGUACACAACUUGUAUACCCAAGUCACGGUGUAGACCUAAUGACUUACUUGGACAACAACCCAGUGACAUACUAUCAAGGCCUGGUAAUAGCAGAGUCAGUUGCCAGGGCCAUCGAAGAGAUACAUACCCUUGGAUUCAAUCAUCAUGAUAUUAGAUUGGAGAAUAUAUUUAUUAAUGCAACAGUAUUUAACUUGGACAUCAAGCUUGGCAACAUUGGCUGUCCCAACAAGACACUGGCGAGCCAACUGCCAAGACGAGACGUUGCUGAAUUUGCAAAUGUGUUGGUCAACAUCUCAAACAAGGUCAACAUGCUGAAGGACGUCCACAAGUUAAGUCAAUCAAUGGGCAACAGAGUGUUGGAAUGGAACUUGAACAACCUGAAAUUCAUUCAAGAUAUCCGAGACUGUGAGGAACGGCUGUCCCAGCUCAGUGUCAACGAACUGACACAAAGUGUCAACCAUCAGUUGGUGAUUGGCGAAGCACUCAAGGCUAGUUGGGGUGUACCAAGCUCCCCUCCACCAAUCAAUCCUUUAACCAACUCAAUGAUCACCAUCAAGCUUAGCGAUAUCAUACGUGACCUAGAAGAGCGAAUAGCAAUGUUCCAGGCGGUAGACAGUCAACCUUUGCAACUUGAUCAAUAA